AUGCUUGCCGCUAUCGAGUCCAAAGACCUCUCUACCCUACAUGAUGUGAUUUCGAAACGCGAGGCUGAAGGUCCUGAUGCUUUGCGUUGGGGUAACGGAUUGAGCGAUGCCCUCAACGAAGCAUUAGGGCUGGCCCGGUACGACAUGGCCGAAGAGCUUUUCAAGCGUGGUGCUAGGUGCACUGAUUGCACCAUCGGAUAUGUUCUGGAUGGGGCAUGUGGGGAGAAUGAGUGGAACACGAAAGCCAUCGAUGUGGCGCUGGCGUACGGUUGGAAUAUCAACGAGCCCUAUGAGCAUGUUGGCAGCGCUCUUGUAUCCACCGUCAGUGACGCGGAGACAGGCCCAGGAUAUCCCGAUGGCGAUACAGCUUGCCUAAAAAUUGCUGCGCAUCUAUUGUCAAAAGGCGCCCAUGUGGACGAGAGCACCCGGACGAACGAAAACCCGCUCGAAAUAGCCUGUGGGAAAGAUGACAGGCAUAUGGCAGCGCUAUUGUUGGCACAUGACGCAUCGCUAGAAAAGGCGCCCAAGGCACUCCUCAAUGCUGCCAGUGAAGGCAGCAUUGACAUUAUGCAGCAGCUUCUGGAUCGAGGCGCCGAUAUCAAUGCACACCCGUACGGAAGGCUCGAGAUAAUCCCUUGCCAACUAGAGGACGAAGGUUGGGGCUCUGCGCUACAUUGUGCCGUUAAAAAUCACCAUACCGAGGCAGUCUCAUUUCUCUUAGAGAAAGGCACGGCCAGAGAGUACAGGAACAUGGUGGGGUUAACAGCUUUGAAUCUUGCUCGCAAAUUGGGACAUGAGGAUAUUGUGCGGUUGUUAGAGUAA